CACACGGUGCAGUUCUUUCUGCGCAUGUUGAAAAACCCUGUCAGCAAAGACGAGAGCAUUUUUUCUUUUUUCACUGACUAAAUAGUGUUUUGAACAAACUGAAGCAGCGUGUCCCUGCUUGUCCUGAAAGGAGCUGCCGUGACUUGUUUUUAAAAGUAACAUGUUGUCUUGCUGCUCCCCUCCUCACAACCAGUUUAAACUUUAACUGUCUCUAUGGAAACUUACUGCACCAGACGAGAGAAGCCUCUGUGGAAAAGAGCAAGAUGCUGGUUGUGCUUUUUGGUUCUGUCCUUUGUGGUGGGGAUUUUAACCGUCUACAGUUCAAGUGUACUGAUGAAAAUAAGAUCUUUGUCAAACCAUAUUUACAACAAAGUACCCRCACCAGAAAGUGUACGUGUACCGGUCUCACUGCCCCAUCAACCAUCACAGACUGUUGACCACAGUCAGUACUUUGUGAAUUACCCACACAAAUACCGUUUCAUACUGGAUGAGCCAAUCAGGUGUCAGCAGGAAAACCCAUUCUUGGUUGUUUUGAUCCCGGUGCCACCACAAAGCAGAGGGACCCGAGACAUCAUCCGCAGCACAUGGGGGAAAGACACCACAGUGCUGGGCCAGGUGGUCCACUACUACUUCCUGCUGGGACUGUCCAGAGUUGGAAAAGGGAUGGAGCAGCCUGAGGAAGAGAUAUUACUUGAAAGCCAGAAGCACCAUGACAUUCUGCAGAGCGAGUUCUUGGACUCCUACAGAAACCUCACCAUUAAAACAAUGCUCAUGUUCGAGUGGCUCAGCACUCACUGCCCCAACACCUCCUACGCCAUGAAGGUCGACUCGGACAUCUUCCUCAACACACACAACCUUGUAGACAUGCUUCUGAAAGCCCCUCAACGUCUCUACCUGACAGGCUUGGUGAUAAGAGAGGCUCAGGUUCUACGAAAUCCAAACUCCAAGUGGUUUAUGCCUGUCACGGCCUUCCCCGAGCCGAUCUACCCCCCUUACAUCAUGGGACUGGGCUACGUGUUUUCACUGGAUCUAGCCAAGAAGAUACUGGAGGCUUCUGAGCACGUUAAAGCAGUUUAUAUUGAAGACGUGUACGUGGGUCUGUGCAUGAGACAUUUAGGAAUUGAACCAACAGGUCCUCCUCGUGGUGGUCUGUUUAUGGCUGAAAGGCCUUCCAGGACAGACUCAUGUUACUGGGCCUCGGUCAUCACAACAAUCCUACAGAACUCUGAGCAGCUGCUGGAAGUGUGGAAGGUGUACAAGACUCAGGCACAAAGUGGCUGUUAGACGUCUUUUCAAUGUAAAACAUUAAAACUGUUGCCGGACUGUCCGGCGCCAGAACAAGUCAGAACAUUUCUCUGUUUACAUUUCAUUCACAACUCUCAGGGGGUUAACUUUGUGCUUUGUUGGUGAUGUUUGAACUAAAACUGUGUUUCAGGGAGACAGAUGGGCUGUAGUGGCUGAGCAAAGCAGAGUCUGAAACUGUAUGUUUGUACAAGUAAUUUAAUAAAACUCUCAAACAGAAAUCA